AUGAAGAUUGUACCGAGAGCCAAGCAAUUAUGCCUUAGAGAUGGUAGAGAAGCUGUGAUAAUCGGUGGUAUGGUGUUGGACAUUCACGCCCUACCCCUCUCUCCUCCUGCUCCUGGAACCUUAACCCCUGGCAAAGAUGAUGUACAAGAAGAUGAACAACCUUAUACCUUGGCUGCAGGGAGGGCUAAACGGCAAAUUAAGCCUCCCCAGAGAUAUGGCUUCACUGAUUGGGUAGCUUAUGCUCUUAUAAUUGCUAAAGAUGUUGGUGAUCUCGAUAAAAAGGAGAUCUUUAACUUGUUAUGUUUUAUUCCUAGUGGUUUCGCGGUUAGUUGGAGAGCAAUCUUGUGGGACACGACUGUUUUGUCUACCACCGAAGCAAAGUACAUGGCAGCAAUGAAAGAGGCAAAGGAAGCUCUUUGGUUGAAGCGUGUGAUUACAGAACUUGGGAUGAAGCAGGAGGGAGCCUCCGUUAUCUUUUGUGAUAACCAAAGUGCAAUCCAAUUGACCAAGAAUUUAUAUGAAGUUCUUAAACUCAGCAAUUUCAAGGCAGGUAUCCUUCAAACCCAAGAUAUUACAACUGCUGUGGUCUGCUGUGUACUUGAUCCAAAUGGUGAGGUAGCUGCCGGUGUUGCAAGCUUUGAGUCAAUUGAGAAAUUUCUCACUGCUGAGUGGAUUCAACAAUUUAGAUACAAGAUAUCUUCUGCUCCAGUAGUCAUGGUUGAUGCUAACCUGAACGAUUGUGCUCUUGAAGCUUCUUGUCAAUUGGCUGCGGGAGAUAAUAUUCCUCUGCGGUUUGAACCAGUAUCAGUUGCCAAAUCCAAAAAAAUUGCUCCUCUUGUGAAGUAUGUAACUUAUGUAUCUCCAAAUGAAGAUGAGCUCUUUGCAAUGGCAGAUGCACUAUCUCCUGGAAAGUUAUAUUGUUCGAGCGAAAGUUAUAAGAGCGAAAAGAACUGUCCUCCAGAAUCGCUCAUCAAAAUGCUAAAACCUGCAAUAAUUCUUUUGCUUGAGAAGGGCGUAAAAAUUGUAGUUGUAACCAUAGGCGCACGAGGAGUAUUUCUAUGCUCUAAAGAGGGGUCUAUUUUGACGAGAACUGUUGUGGAGAAACCCCAAACACUUGGUGUAAGUUCAGAACUGCACAGACUGAUCUCACCUAAUUGCCUUUCACAUAAGUUUCAUGAUGCCAGACAGAUCGAGGGAACCUCUCAUCUCUUUGCUUUGCAUCUUCCUGGCCUUCCUGCAUCUGUUAAGAAGCUUACUGGGGCUGGCGAUUGUUUGGUGGGUGCUACACUUGCAUCAAUAUGUGAAGGUUUGAACAUUAUACAAGCCAUCUCAGUUGGUAUUGCAGCAGCAAAAGCCACUGUCAAGGCAGAUUCGAACGUACCCUUGACGUUUGAUCUAAUUGGAGUUGCAGAUGAUGCUCGGUUGGUUUACUCGGCUGCGAAGGUUGUUUAUGAUGGACCACUGUGAACUGCUGCCAGCUUCAAGAUGAUGACGAUCGUCAAGUAACUGGUGCAGAAUUGGACUCAGAGACUGCUCUUUGCCGUUUGACUUCUUUUGCUUUUGGACUUUUCGUUUGGUACAUUGGUGGUGUAGAAUAUAUACUCUACAAGUAGAGUUGAGAUACUGACACAUGUACAGUGUUCAGUUUCUGUUACUGCAUCAGUUCCAUUAGUAGAUGAAUCCUUCCAAUCAA